GACAAUUCAUAUAUGUUUUUCAUUGGCACAAACCAGCUUUAUAUCUGGCUUUUCCAGGCUACCUUCAGAUGAAUGCAUGUUUUGGGCCCCAUGGGAUACUUUUUCUACCUCAGAAGCCCUACCUGACAGAUGGAACCCUGAGGGAGCAGGUCAUCUAUCCUUUGAAGAAGAUAUACCCUGUGACAGGUUCUGCUGAUGAUGAAAGAAUACUUCGCUUUCUAGAGCUGGCUGGAGUGCCUGGCCUUUUGAAAAGGACAGGAGGGCUGGAUGAGAAUGUGGACUGGAACUGGUAUGAUGUUUUAUCGCCGGGAGAGAUGCAGAGGCUGUCCUUUGCUCGACUGUUCUAUCUGCAGCCCAAAUACGCAGGUUUGAUUAUACUUUCUUUGAAUUUUGUGUAACUAUUAAUCAUUUUGUAUCAACAUAAACAAUCCGUUUUGCAAGGGCUGGCAGACUCCGACGUCAUACAUCUAUUGCUCAACAUAUUUAUACUGUACAGUCAUAAAAAUGAAGCAUGCAAUAGAAUGAAAUCUUUGAAAACCUGCAGCAUGAAGUCCAUAAUAGUAAGAAUAGUAAGAAAGUAAAGUUGAGUAGUUUUACAAUGUGACCAGUUUCCACUGACCUGACAGGGGAGCAGUUCAGUCUGGUAUCUUUGGCGUUAUGGAUGCUGACUAUCAUUGUCAAACAUCGCCAACAUGUAGUUGCACUUCCAGCAUAGGUGGGAAUUUUCCAUUGACUUGCUGUGGCUCAUCCAUCCUCCUUUACUUUUUCUGGGGGGGAAGAUAUCAACAGCGCGUUCGUUCUUGUCUGUAGAGGAGACUGGGGUGAAGAAGAGCCCGAGGAGAGCUCUCAAUCCCCAGCCAGGGUUAUUCAGGGGCAGCA